GUUGUAUAGAUAAUGAACAGCCCAGUCAUGGUAAAAUGUUACAGAGUAUAUAUAGAAUAUUAACAGGUUCUAGGUUUGAUUCACCAAGAAUAGGUUCACAUUGGGAAGAGAUCGGAUUUCAAGGUAGCGAUCCUGGUACCGAUCUACGAGGUGUUGGAAUUCUGGGAUUAGUUCAGUUAUUGUACUUCCUACAGCAUACUAAAUAUGGUCAGAUAGCUCGAGAUAUCUAUAAACUCUCCCUACAUCCUACACAGAAUUUCCCGUUUUGUGUUAUGGGUAUUAAUAUCAGUAGAAUAUGUUUACAAUCUUUACGAGAAGAUUUUUUAAACAA